AUGUCUAAAUUCUCUCGCAAAUCCCCAACAGGUAUCAAAGUGCUCAUUGUGGGUGCUGGCUUUGCCGGCCUCACUGCUGCGAUUGAAUGCCAUCGCAAGGGCCACGAUGUCCAGGUCCUCGAAGCCUUCUCGGCCCUCAAGAUCCUGGGCGACAUCAUCUCGUUUGGUCCCAACAGCGGACGCAUUUUCCAGAAAUGGGAAGGGGUUGAAGAGGCCAUGGAUCCAAUCUGCCACAAGAGCGACGGAAUCAAGUUUGUGACGUACCAGGGUGAGGAUCUCUUCACACAGUACUGGCAUGACGAGGAGUCGUUUGGGAAGAAAUUCAACGGUCAUCGCGGCGAAAUUCAUGAGAUUGUCUUCAAACAUGCGCAGGCUCGCGGGAUUGAUAUUAGAUUGGGCCACCGCGUGGUGGAUUACUUUGAGACGGAUACCGAAGCCGGUGUGGUGGUGAAACAAGUUGAUAAUGCCGGUUCAGAGGAGCAAAAGUUCACGGCGGAUGUGGUCUUUGCAGCAGAAGGUGUUCGUUCUAGAGGACGCAAGAUUGUGUUGGGAUACGAGGACAAGCCUAGAUCGUCAGGAUACGCCAUCUUUCGAUCGUGGUUUGACUCUUCGAAACUGACGUCGCCGUUGACUGACCAUUUGUGGAAAAAUGGAGACUCGCAUUGUGCAUGGGUUGGACCAGACGUUCAUUUCAUCGCUGCCUCGCUGAAGAAUGGAAAGGACUUUAGCUGGGUAUGCACACACAAGGUGGGCUUCCUUUCUCUUUAUACACGUAGCACAAGUGUAAAAGCUGAUAUUGAGCAGGACGAAGCCGAUAUUGAGGAAUCCUGGUCCACGCCCGGCAAGAUAGAGGACUGCCUCAAGGUCGUCGAGGGCUGGGAUCCAAUCGUGCAAGAGAUUGUCAAAGCCACUCCACCCGACUAUCUCGUCGACUGGAAACUAAUCUACCGCGACCCGCUGCCCACCUGGAUCAGCCCCAAACAACGCAUUGCUUUAAUUGGCGAUGCCGCACACCCGUUUCUGCCGACAUCUAUCCAAGGCGCAUCCCAAUCCAUGGAAGACGGAACCACGCUGGCCGUCUGUCUGGAGAAAUGCGGCAGCCGGUCCAACGUGACCGAGGCUCUACGCGCCUACGAGCGAAUUCGGUACGACCGGGUCUUGAAAGCGCAGAAAACGGGCGAGACCACGCGGGAUAAAUGGCACAAGGCAGAUUUUGACCAGGUCAAGGAGAAUCCAGAGGCGUUGAAGCUUCAGCGAGAGGCGUGGCUGUUGGAUUUUGACUCGGAGCAGCAUGCUAAAGCCCGGACAGAUAUUUCUUAUCUACGUGUGACAGCAUUCGGCGAUUUUUGUCUUCAUUUCGUCUCUUCUCUUCUUUUUCUUCUAUUUUUUACGGACCUUUUUCGGCUUCAAACAUCAUCUAGAGGCACGUCAUUCACCAUGCCAUUCGGGAUCCUAGAUUGCAAGAAGAUGGAGCUCGUGCCGGGGACGGCAAUCAUGGGCGACAAGGAGUCCACUGAACCUCCCCCGGAAUACGCCCACAUCCCACUAGAUCAGUUAAAGCACGGCCGAGGCAAUUUCUCGCACAUCAUUCUCGUGCCACAGCCAUCCAACUCACCGAAUGACCCGCUAAACUGGCCACAAUGGCAAAAAGAACUCAUCCUCCUCAUCAUCGGCCUCUCAGCUGCCGUAGUCGGCGCGUUCGGUCCAAUGCUGUCCCCAGGCUUCGUCCAGGUCUCCGCUGAACUCAAUAUCAGCGUCAAUACACUAUCCCAAGCUACCGCCUGGCUGACCAUGACGCUCGGCCUCUGCGUGUUUUUCAUCAACCCGGUCGCCAAAAUCUAUGGCAAGCGGCCCAUCUACAUCUUCGCUAGCGUGAUCAUGUUCGUGACGAGUAUCUGGGCCGCCGCGUCCAGCUCGUACGAUUCUUUCCUGGCGGCUCGGGUCGUGUCAGCCCUGGGGAUGGCACCGUAUGAAAUCCUCGUUCUUGCGACAAUCAAGGAUCUCUACUUUGUGCACGAGCGUGGCACGAGAAUCGCAGUGUGGAAUCUGUUCCUCAUGUGCGGUAUUGCCGGCGGUUCGCUGAUUUCAGGGUAUAUUAUCCAGAAUCUGGGCUUUCGAUGGACCUUUUGGAUGUGUGCCAUCCUGUUUGGCGUGUUGCUUGUGGCGAUUGUCUUGUUUGUGCCCGAGUCGACGUUUCUCCGUCCAUCGUCUCUUGCAAAUCUCGCUUCUUCUACGGACAAGACUCUAGACGAGCACGUCGAGGUAGAAGACGCUUCGCUCGAGAUCCAAGCUACUGCCACUUCAAACAAUCAAGACACCAGCACCCAAAAGCAAACAUAUCUCUCCAGCCUGCGCAUCUUCAGCGGCAAGUAUUCCAACGCCUCGCCGUUAAAAAUCUUCGCGCGCCCGUUCAUCCUCUUCUUCUACCCAGCUGUCUUUUGGGGCUUCCUCCUCUUCGGCAUAACCCUGACCUGGAUCGUCGUCUUCUCCGUUGUUAAUGGUGUCAUCUUCGUUGCCCCGCCUUACAAUUUCUCCAUCUCGGAAACAGGGCUGAUCAGUCUGAGCCCCUUUAUUUUGACACUUAUCGGCGAAGUCGUUUCUGGUCCCCUGAAUGACUGGAUCUGCAUUUGGCUCACCAACCGAAACCGCGGCAUCUACGAGCCUGAAUUCAGGCUUCCGCUGGUCCUCAUUGUCGCCAUAUUGGGUGCUGCGGGGUUUUUUGGUUUUGGCGCCACCGUGCACUUUGAGACGCACUGGUCGGGCCCUGUCUUGACGUUUGGGCUGGCAAAUAUGUCCAUGGCGUUUGCGUCGACCAGUGCGUUUGGGUAUGUGAUUGAUUGCUAUCCGCAGCUGAGUGAGGAGGUGUUUGUCUCGGUGAAUGCGCGCAAUUUGCUUACCUUUGGGUUCACGUAUUUUGUCAAUAGUUGGCUGGAGCGGGAUGGCGCGUUGGUUAUGUUUAGUGCGCUGGGUGGGUUGUUUCUUUUUGUUUGUUUCUUGACGGUGCCUAUGUGGGUGUUUGGGAAGAGGAUUAGGAGUCGUAUUGGGAGGACCCAGUGGUUGCAGGAGUUUAUGAACGAUGAGGAUUGA